CUGCAGUAGAGCAGCGCGCGCGGUUAGAAACAGUUGAACGUUUGCGCACGACCUAACGUUGUUUUAUUUCACCGGUUGUGAGAGAAAAAAUGGGAGAAAAAAGAAAUUUUAUUUUCAAAACUAGAUCAACAUUUUCACGAAUAGAAUCGAAUUCAAAAACAAUUUAAAUGAAUCGAAUUAGCGUAUAAACGCGACUAGGAUUCGCCGAUAAAAUAUAAUACGAGAUAAGAGAGACUAAUAAAAAUAACAAUAAAAUACGAACGAUUGUUUUCUCUCUCUGUUAUGUCGGACUAAUGAUGUCACUGAAAGGAUGACCGCGUGGGUGUUUCGCAAAUCGCAUCAAUUACACAAAGGAUUUAAAUUCUCGAUAGAGUAUUUAUUUUCUAUUAAAAAAGCUUAAUAGAAAAAAAAAAGGAAAUAAAGAAAGAAAUAAACAAAUCCUUUUUUGAUCGAUUGAUUGUUCGCUGUCAAAGACAGGGAUUGUUAGCGAAUAGUAAUAGUAGUAACACGAAGUGCUAUAUUUCUUUCUCAAAUCGAUAAUUCGAAUUGGCAGUAACGGAACGAUAUAAGGUCCGUAGAAUCCUAAAAAUAUCACGGAACGUUGCAACGGGUAAGAUUCGAUAGACUUUAUAUCUAUCCUACCAUCCCUUUUCUCUUCUCAGUUUUUCUCAUACCCUCCUCCUCUUACUCCUCCUCUUUCCUUACCACCCUAUCCCUCUCUUGCCCAUUACCACCCACCAACCCACUCCUUCUCCUUAUCCUCCUCUCUCGAUUCUCUGUCAUAUCCACUCGAGAGUGACGCGGUAGAGUUCGCUCGAGGAGGAACCCACCCCUGCCUGAUUCUCAUCUCCUAACCGGUCUCCUCUCACCACCCCUUGCCAUCACCCUCGCCCUCACGCGGCCGGCCGUGUGCGAGGUGGCGGUGUGCAGUCGUUUCGCGAUACCAACGAAUAUCGCGAUAUCGACGAGGACGACGAGGACCGAAAGGAGCUCAACGACGACGAUAAAGACGUCGUUGUCUAAUAUUUCAAAGUGACCAACAUGUGUGACAUCAUUAAUCAAAACGAGAGAAUGAAGUAUCGGCACGGCCGUGCAUCAAUACAUCGAAGAAAAUGGCCCUUGCGAUUGGCACUCUUUCUUGUCUAUGUUCUCGUGCAAUUUGUGGCCUCUUCGAAGUUACCAAUCACACACUCAUCCUCUUCCUACUCGUCCUCGACAGAGUACGAAGAAAGUUCGACGUUGGAAUCGACAAUGUCCUCGUAUUACCCAACAUCGACCGAAUCCGAGUUAACAUCCUCGAUGAUGCAAAUGUCGAUACCGGGGUCAAUUUCCGCUGAACAUCCAUCGAAGAAUACGAAGGAAGAGAAGAGUCAUACUAAGGAGAGAAAUAAGAAUGAAAAAAAUAAUGAGAAGACGAAUACGAAGUCGAGGAUUCGUGAACAAACGAAGGAGGAGCCUAAAGAAAAGGAAACAGAAAAAGUAACUAAGGUAGCUGUUGCUGCGACAGCAGGUGCAGCAGCGGGUGCAGCUGCAGUUGUAGCCAAAACAACUCCUAACAGUAUCGUCACUACUCCCACGAUACGAACAACAACUCCCAAAUACGUUCAUCCAACAUGGAGACCAAGAAGAGAAAAUUGUUCGCCACCCGCUAUCGAACAAUUCCCACGUCCUUUGAUGGGUCCUGAAGGCAGAAAACAUGGUGGUCUUAUCAUACAUAUUCUCGUCGCUGCUUACACAUUUCUAGGCUUGGCAAUCGUCUGUGAUGAUUAUUUUGUUUCUAGCCUUGACAGAAUUUGUGAAGAGUUAAGGUUAUCGCCGGAUGUAGCAGGAGCAACCUUCAUGGCUGCUGGAUCUUCAGCACCAGAGUUAGCUACAGUCGUCAUUGGUGUUUUCUUUGCUAAAGAUGACAUUGGAGUAAGUGGAGUUAUCGGUAGUGCCGUUUUCAAUAUAAUGUUCGUUAUUUCUGUAUGCGGUCUCUGUACAACGACUGUUUCCAAAUUGAACUGGUGGCCUCUAGUUCGAGAUUGCUUUUUCUACGCCGUCUCUAUUCUCGUGAUGCUUGGUACGAUCUACAAUGAAACUAUAUCUUGGAUGGAGUCACUGUUUAUGUUAAUUAUGUACGCAGUAUAUUGCAUAGCUCUUUCGUUUAAUGAGAAACUGGAGCGAUGGGCAAAGUCGUACAAUAUUCCUUUCUUACCCAAAGACGACGAGCCAGCUGAAGAAAGUGCUUUGGUCAGCUACAGAUCUUUACAAGAAGAUCGAUUAUCUUAUACUGGUCCUAAUUCACCUGUAACCGAACAGGCUGCUCAGAUAAAGAAUCAAGAAGGAAAUGGUCUUCAAGAAGUCGGUGAACAACCACCAGCUCCAAAACCAGCGCCCCAAUAUUAUAAAGCAAAAGAACCUGAUCCAAACGAGGUGUCACCACUUGUAAUGCCUACAGAUGGAAAUAAAUGGAAACUUUUCACAUGGGGUCUCGUGUAUCCUAUCCAUUUUAUGUGUCGAGCCACUAUGCCUGAUUGUAGGCAAGAAAGGUUUCGAAGUUGGUAUCCUUUCACCUUUUGCGUGUCCAUGAUAUGGAUAAGUUUCUACAGUUACAUCAUGGUCUGGAUGAUCACUAUUAUAGGUAGUACACUUGGUAUUCCUGACACUGUGAUGGGUUUGACUUUCGUCGCAGCUGGUGUUAGCGUACCAGACGCUCUUUCUUCUUUAGCUGUUAUAAAAGAAGGUCUUGGUGAUAUGGCUGUGAGCAAUGCAGUUGGUAGCAACGUAUUUGAUAUUCUUGUAUGUUUGGGUCUACCAUGGUUCAUACAAACAGCGAUGAUCCAGCCAGGUUCUCACGUCAAUGUUACAAGCAGGGGGCUAACAUAUUCAACUGUCUCGUUACUUUCGACGGUAAUAUUUUUGGUUGUCGCGACGCAUAUGAACGGAUGGAAAUUGGAUCGACGAUACGGUGUAGUAUUGAUGGCAUGGUACUUAAUUUUCAUCAUCUUCGCAUCAUUAUACGAGCUUAACGUCUUCGGAGAAAUGAAUCCUCCAGUAUGCCCGAGCAUGUUUUAAAU